AUGUAUGCAUUUGAUUGUGUCUUGCAUUUUGCGCUGAGCUUAACUUUCUUACAUAGGAGGAUUGCUGGUCUUCAUCAGAACACAUCGAUCGGAUUGAUAGAUAUAACAAACACAUGGGAACCGCUGGAAGAAGGCCUUCUUCCCAUAGAAACCACUCGCCAUGUUUCGAUAAUCACUAUUACUUUGUCUAAAAAGGAGCUGGAUUCAUCUUCAAUAGGAUAUCAGCCUCCAAUUCCAGCUGAUCAAGUGAAGCCAUCAACCGAGUUCGAGGACAACGGAGGAGGUGAGAUAAUUAUGUACAGUUGAUCAUUAUAUAUUCCUGGUGUAU